AUGCCAUUUUUGACUCAUUCGCCGGGCGCUUGUGCCAUCGUCCAUGCACUUGCGAAACCCUCGACUGCUUCCGGCUCACGGCUCACGGAAACAAAGCCCCAGCACGAUGCCAGGUCUCCUCCCUCAGGUCUCCUGCCCUCCUCAUUGAAACGAUGUGGUGUCGAGGCUGCCCGCCAUCGCUGGCACUCAGAACUAUCGCCAUGUCACACACUCGCCGAACCAGCCCCGCUCCGCUCCGCGUCAGCAUCUGAUUGGCCGCCGCCCUGUUCAACGACGAUAGGGAUUCAAGAUGAUGCAGGCAUUCCUAUCAUCGUCUCAUCACGACGCCUCGGAUCUUGCGCCACGGCGGCAGAGGACCGGUUACAUGCUGCUCGCGGACAUGAUGCAAUUCUCGCUGGAAGACAGCUUGGGAACACCGACCUCGGCACUGAGUGCGUGCCCCAUGGAUUGUCCGAGUCGUUCCAGGCUGUGCUGGCGACCUUGCUAGCCUCGAGGGGAAGAUCUAUCGACACCGGGCCAAUGAACGUCUUCCAACAGCAGACGGGCUGGAAAGAUGACUCAACGCAAGACGAGCCCAUUAACGACCUGACUGACCUGUGUGACCAUCUUCACCCUCCACGUGAAGCAUCGUCUUUAGGCAGCACCCGCUUCACGGCCUUUAUCCUUCGUCUUCGGGUCGAGGCUGCACCCGUUACGCACGUCUACCUUCCCACAUCUCUGUUCUGGGACCCAUCAGUUCGAAAAGUUGUGCAGAACGAACCUCACAAAGCCCAGCCUCGGUGA